CUCGGGAGGGCGGGGCCUGGGCUGCCCCGAGAUGCUGCGGCGGCGUCAGGCGCCCCAAAGGAAAAUGGAGGUUUAUUUACAUGCUGCCCCGGCCGGGCCAAUGGCCGGGCGCCCGCCGGCCCGCCCGCCCGCCGGCGCGGUCAGCUGAGGCAGCGCUCAAGAUGGCGGCGGGGCGGUGGGCGCCCGCGGUGCUGUAGAGCGCGGCGGGGGCCGCGUCUUCCCCGCCAGAUAGGGCGGCGGGGCCGGGAGGGCCCUCGGGGAGCGGGGCGAGGCCGCGGGCCGGGGAAAAAGCGGCCUGCUGUUGUGCCGGGCAGCCUGGCGGAGGCAUGUGCUCCCCCUCACGGCGUCGGCCCUGCGGUGCGUGGGUGCCCUAGGCGACCGCGCCUCCGGGGAAGAUGCAUCCCUUCGGCGGCGAAGAAGCGGCCUCCCUGGAGCGGCUCUUGGGGCUCUUCCGUGAGUGCGUGCGGCACGGGCACUGGGAGCUCGCGCAGGCCUGCGUCCCCCAGCUGCGCCAGGGGCCCGGCCAUGGCCCCGAGAAGGUGGAGGCGGUGCUUGAGGCUCUGGUGGCCUGUCCCGUGGCGGCGAGAUGUGAACAAAACUGCAGCCCCCGAAGAGCUGCGUGGCUAUGGCUUCUUGUGCUGGAAAAAUGGCUUGCCUGCAAUCAGAAAACUGUUCCAGUUGCUCUUCAGAGAGAAACUGAAUUUUUAUUGCUCUUGGAAGAACUACAGAAAGAUGUCUCUGAGGAAGCUCUAAAAGAACUAUUUGAAGCAUUUGAGUGCACCCAGGACAAGCAUAUUGCAGACAGGAAAAGAAAAGAUGGCCAUUCUCACAGAUUCAGUUUGGAUGUUGUUUCAGCUCUCCGGAAGCUUUUGCUGCGGGCUCCCCAGAGGGCACAAGCCCUGCUGGAGUUCCUCCGAGAGGAACCAGGCAUGCACAGCUCCUCACUCCAGCAGUAUUCCUCUGUACAAAAUAUCUUUGUUGACUUUCUUCGUGAAUCCUUAAAAUCUCUGCAGAGGCUUCAGUGCAAUUCUGAGAUUUCAGCAGAAUUGGAUCAAAGAGAACUGGUAGAUACAAUUUACGGUGCUCUUAGUAUGAUGAAUUUUGAGAUGGAACAUCAGACUGAUGAAAUACGGCAAGUCUUCAGGGAGCUCUUGGAUGCAUGCUGGGCUGAAGGGAGCCCACUGAGGGAGGAGAAGUUACUAAGCUGCAUGCUAAGGAAACGGAGCUAUGGCCUGUUAAGCCUGUAUAGCAGUGUUCUUGUAGAAAGAACAAGAGAAAAAUUCCUGGGGUCAAAAUCAAAAGGCUCGUCUAAGCAGCUGGAUACAGAGCAAGCAGUGAUGACUUUGUUCUCAGAUCCCAAAGAGGCUGCUUCUUGGAAGACUGCCUAUUUCUACUGCUUGAGCAGCAGCAAGCACUUUCUGGAACAGAUUCUGGUGACUGCAUUAACUUUACUGAAAAGAGAAGACUUCUCAGGCCUGAGCAGUUUACUGAGGAGGGAAUUCAACCCCCUCAGCCGCCUUUUGAUAUUGCUAGGAUGGACUCACUGUCGUACCUUGGAAUCAGCAAAAGUGUUGCUAUGGGCUCUUCACAAAACUCAGGAUCUGUGCAAUGAUUUAGUGUUAAAAGACUUCUGUGAUGGACUCUGGACUCAAGUGGAAGUUCUUGAAUGGUGCAUACAGCAAAACAGUAUUACUAUCCCAGAGAAGGUUCUUCUGCAACACUUGCAUGGCCUAGGUUGCCACACUGCAGUAUACUCUCUUCAUCACCUCACUAAUCUCCUGGCACUGAAUGAAGAUGAUGUAAUUGAGCUUCUUCAAAGGGUUCCUGCUAGAGACCAACAGAUGCAGGUGGCACCAGUUCCUAACAUCCUGAGUCAGCAACGCAAUCUGGCACUCUUUCGAGCAUUUUGCGCCAUGAAGUAUGCUAUCUAUGCUCUCUGUGUGAAUUCACAUAAACAUUCCAAGUGCAGAUAUUGUGUGCGCGGCCUUCUUGGUGAUAUCCCCGAAGAUGCAACUUCUCCUGAAGAACCGGCAGGUGAUCGGCCUGCUUUCUCAGAUUGCUCAUCAGUCUUUCCUCAGUACCUUGUAAAAUGUCAGCAGUUCUUAAGGAGCGUUCCUGUUCCUCUGCGCCUGGAGCUUCUGGAGAACAUCUUCUCCUUACUUUUUGUGUCCUACAGUGACCUCCACACUGAGAUUCUCCAACCUGAGGACUAUGCAGAGGAUGAUGACCUUGACAAAAAGAGCUCUACUGUGAGGGUAGAAGGCAGUGCUAGCCGACAGUCUUUCACCUCACAAAGUCCACAGUACCUAAUAGAGGCUGACAAGAAAUUAGAGAGGCACCUGCUAGCUGCUCAGACAGUCCACUCGGAUACUCAAGCUUUUUCUGGCUCAGAGUUGAGUAGCAAAAGCUGUAAAUCUUCUCAGCAGAGUUACCUGGAUCUGAAACACUUCACCAGUGGUGUCACCGGAUUUUUAGUGGAUGAUGUGGCCAUGGAUGCCUUCCUCACAUUGCUCCUCAACCACCUGGAAGAAAUUCAGAGUUCUCUCCCAUGGGACUCGAGUAAUGUGCUUCGUGAAGAGCUGGAGCUUGUUGAGUGCUUGAAUCUUUCUGCAAGCAGAGACAGUUUUGGGAGUCGUGUGUUGCAAUUUUCCAAAUACCUUUCUGAAGCUCACUGGCGAUUCAAAGUGGUGAUGAGUAACAGAAAUGCAGAACAUCAGCUUGCAGCAUCCAGACGAUACAGCUUUUUAAUCAGAUGCUCCAGCUUAAGGAAACGAAGUAGAUCGCAAAGGUUCAAGACAGGGAAAGAGGGAACUUCCAGUCCGUCGUUAGAAAGUACAAGUAGCGAGCUCAGCACCAGUACCUCAGAGGGAAGUACCAACAACAUGUUUGGUUGGAGUGAUUUGGAAAGUAGGAUGAGACCACAGCAGCAAAACCCCCUGAUUCCUAUGAUGCUUUCCCCACCAGAAUCACUCCUAGUUUCUUGCGUUUUGAGAGGAAAUUUCAUAGAAGCCCAUCAGGUGGCUUUGAUGUUUAAUCUGGAUACUUCAUCUUGUUACGGUGAGUUGGUUUUCAUGGAGCGUUACCAAGAGGUGGUACGAGAGAUGGCCAGAGUGGAGCACAACAUUGAGAACCAAACAUCAGAUGGCACUGGAGGCAUCAGGAAAUCUGGCAGUGGUCGUUCAACACUUCAGGCUAUUGGGAAUGCAGCAGCAGCUGGCAUGGUAUUUUAUUCCAUCUCCGAUGUUACUGAUAAAUUGCUUGCAACUUCUGGAAGUCUUGCCCCUACUCUCCAAGAAAACUUCUGGAUCAGCAACAUCCAGCUUGAGCAUACCAAUCCACUGCGGGAAGUCCUUGAGGACCUCAGUCCUUCAGCAAUGGCAGCAUUUGACCUAGCUUGUACUCAGUGCCAUCUUUGGAAGACUUGUAAGCAGCUUUUGGAAACGGCAGAAAGAAAACUAUACAAUAGUCUUGAAACUCGGGGCCACAGACCUGACUUUGUUUUACUGCACUCUGAAGGUAUAAAGGGCUUCCCAGCAGUUCUUCAGCAAAUCAGUAAAAUUCUCAACUAUUCCUGCACGUCACAAGGACAGUCCAAGUCAGAGCUCUCAGAUGAGAAAAUAAGUAGCCAUUUUCGAUGCAGUAUUGUACACCUUCUUCUGCAGGCUUGCUACCCUGCCUUGACUGAAGAAAGUAUUACUAAUGAGAUUGUUUUAUCACAACAUCUCAAUCAAAUUCUAAAAGCACUGACACGUGUUGAACAUUCUGUUGACUCCAAAGGGAGCUUGCUUAGUGCCUUGGUAGAACAGGCCUCUCUGAAAGCUUUGGAACUGGAGAAACACCCAGUUUGGAAUCAAACCCAGCUCCUGCUGAAAACUAUUGACCAAUAUAUCCAAACCAUGCCAGGGAGCAGCACAAAGACAAACUUCGUGAAGACCUUCUUUGACUAUGUUACUACACUGGCUGCUGUUGUAUUACGAAGCCUGAAUGCAGAGCUAGAUCUAUCUGCAGAAGUGAAAGUGGGAAAUCCUUUCAUAUUGUUACAGCAGAGUCCAUCUCACCUGCUCUCCCAACUUGUGUUUGAGAAACAGGUUCAUCCUGACAGGCUUUCUUGCCUUUUGGCUAAAGAAGAGUUGAACUUGAAUGUGCAGCAAGUUAUUGUCAGCUGUUGCUGUGAACCGCUCUCCUUGUGCAAUGCAAGGCAAAACAGCCAGACAAUGUCCCUUCUGGCAAACAUAAGCAGCCUAGCAUGCCUGUAUGCCUACAACUGCCUGCCAGAUGUUGAAAUACCUAUCUGCAAUCCUGCAACAGCCUUUGAGGAUGUCUCUGCUCAGGCCCCAUCCUCAGUGACUGUCUUGAACCAGAACGCACUCACUGCCUCCACCCUGGACUUCCUGAAGUCUCAGUCAAGGCUAAUGGCCACAGUGGCAUGUUUAAGUGCAUCUAAUAUACAGAAAAUCCCCAAAUCCAAUUUAUCAUGGAUGGAAUUUCGGGGCAAAAGGGAAGUGCCAUUAGGUUUGGAACAGAUUUGCAGGGAGUGUGAGGCAUUGUUGAAGGAAUUCUCAGUACUGGAGCGAUUUCUUCUUACUAUGUUUGAGCCGCUUCAGAAUCAGCAGGAGGAAGGCAGCAGUUUGGCCAGUGUCCUCUGUGGCAAGACACACAUGUCUCUGGUUCUCCUAGGAUUGCAUUCCACCACAGCUGUUGAGGUACUAAUGGGAGUCUUUGAACAAGCACUUACGGCAAAGGAUUGGGCCAGAGCUCUGAAGGUCUUGGAUCUGUACAGCCAGGGUAUGGAGGAGCUGGCCAGUGUGAAGGAUGCUGUGCUGAGCUGUGCAGCUGCUGAUGGUAAAGAUGGUUGGCAGUACUUGUUCCCAGUAAAAGAUGCAACACUGAGAAGUAGGCUGGCCCUGCGCUGUCUAGACAAAUGGCCCCUUGAUGCCUGUUUGGAAAUCUUGGCUUAUUGUGCCUCUGAUUUGGACAUAACUGAUGGACUAAAAUCCAAUCUGCAGAGCAGGAAGAAAGAACUGCAGGUUUAUCAGAAGAUAUUGAAUUUGCAAAAUGAACCACUGUGGAGUGACUGGCAGGAUCUGAAAAGAGCCUGCACUGAUGAUCCUCAAGCCAUCAUGGAUAUCAUUCUGAAGGCAAAGGAUUAUGAGUUGUGUGAGGAAUGGGGCCGCUUGUAUCCUGUCCCAAGAGAAAAUUUAAUCAGUCUUCACCGUGAGCACCUCCUCCACUUACUGGAGACAGGAGACAUGGAAAAAGCAUUGAGGCUCUUGCAAAGAAUAGAAGACCCUGAUAUUUGUCUUGCCAUCAGUGAACAGUCCCUUGAUCAGCGUCCCAGCUUGGCAGCCUCUCACUUCUUGGCAGAUUACCUCACAACUCACUUCUGCAGGAACCUGACAACUGCAUGCCAUAACGAAAUUCAGGCUCUCUAUAUAGGGUCGAAAGUGUUGCUGACUCUACCUGAGCUCUACCGUGUUAACUACUUCCACCUCUCCUCCAGGCCACUGCUCAUGCUGGAGCAGCUCCUCAUGAAUAUGAAAGUGGACUGGGUAGCUGUGGCUGUGCAGACACUACACCAACUCUUAGCUGGACAGGAAAUUGGCUUUGCUGUAGAAGAUAUUGAUAAUUUGCUCUCCAAGUAUGCAGAAAAAGCCCUUGACUUCCCUUUCGCAUUAAAAGAAAAGAGAUCAGAUUCUGUCAUACGUAUCCAAGAGAGUCUCAAUCAAAUAUUGGAAUGUGAAGCACUGUCUAAAUCGGGAUCACCAGAACUCUCUUAUUCCAGCUUUACUGGCAUUACCAUAUCCGCAAGUUCCAGAGACAGAAGCCUGCAGCAGAAUUUGCUUCCUCAAGAAUUUGUGCCACCUGAGAAGCCACCGCCAAAACAGCAAUGGAUACCUGAUGACACUGAAAUGAUAUGUAUGGUCUGCAAAACUGAACGCUUUACUAUGUUUAAUAGGCGCCAUCACUGCAGGCGCUGUGGCAGGCUAGUGUGCAGCUCUUGUUCCACCAAGAAAAUGGCAGUAGAAGCUUGUAGAGAAAAUCCAGCUCGCGUAUGUGACCAGUGCUACAGCUACUACAAUAGAGAACAUCUACCUGACUCUGUACAAGACACAAGCACCGCAAAAGAAGAUCAGGACCAAGUGGAAGCCCUGGAAAGGUGUAGUAACAAAUAUUCCACAGUCGUGCGAAUUCCUGAGGCAACUGAGCUUGAAUGGAUUGUGUCCCUGAAUGAAGAGGAAAAUGAAAUUGUACGCAGUGAAUUUUAUUAUGAGCAGGCUCCCAGCUCUUCCUUGUGCAUUGCCAUCCUCAGUCUGCACAGCGAUGGUGUAGUGUGUGGCCACCAACUGAUAGAGCACUGCUGCAAAUUGUCCCAAGGGCUGACUAACCCUGAGGUGGAUGCAGGACUUCUUAUGGACAUCAUGAAACAAUUGCUCUUCAGUGCCAAAAUGAUGUUUGUAAAAGCUGGAAGGAGCCAGGAUCUAGCCCUCUGUGACAGCUACAUCAGCAAAGUGGACGUGUUGAAUAUUUUGGUUGCUGCUUCCUAUCGUCCAGUGCCAUCUUUGGAUCAGAUUCUUCUCCCUGCAGCAAUCACAAGACUAAGAAAUCGGCUUUUGGAAGCAGAGUACUAUCAAUUAGCUAUAGAGGUUUCUACAAAAUCUGGGUUGGAUCCAAGCGGGGCGUGGCAUGCCUGGGGCAUGGCUUGCCUUAAAGCUGGGAAUUUAAGUUCAGCAAGAGAGAAGUUCAGCCGAUGCUUAAAGCCACCUGUGGAUCUAAACCAGCUGAACUAUGGUUCAAGGCUGAUCCAAGAUGUGAUACAAUAUCUGGAGUCCACAGUGAAGCCCAUACACAUUGUGGAUGAUGACUACUUUGCCACAUUGAGGGAACUUGAAGCAACACUGAGAACAAGAAGUCUGUCCCUGGAGAUGAUGUGUGAGGGGAAGAUUCAACACAACAGUUACUAUCAAGAGUGCUUGUUCUAUUUACACAGUUAUGGCACUAAUCUAGCAAUAAUAAGCUUUUACAUGAGGCAUGACUGUAUGCGAGAAGCACUGCUUCACUUGUUAAAUAAGGAAUCCCCAUCUGAAGUGUUCAUUGAAGGGAUCUUCAUUCCAAGUUAUGAAAGUGGAAAACUACAUAUGUUGGAGAACUUGCUAGAAACCAUUGAUCCAGGAUUGGAGAGCUGGGGAACCUAUUUGAUUGCAGCCUGCAAACACUUGCAGAGAAAGAACUACUACCAUAUCCUAUAUGAGCUGCAACAGUUCAUGAAGGAUCAUGUUCGUGCUGCCAUGACUUGCAUUAGAUUUUUCACUCAUGGAGCGAAGUCUUACACUGAACUGGGAGGCAGACAGACAUGGCUCCUAAAGAUCAAGGAUCAUCUCAAAGUCUACCUGCAGGAGGUCUCAAGAAGUUCAGGGAGGAAAAAAAUGGUAUUCACCUUCCGGAAGAAAAUGUCUGCUACAGAUGUGUCAAGACAUAUCAAUACAGUUGAGCUGCAGAUGGAAGUAACAAAGUUCCUGCAUCGAUGUGAGAGCUCAGGAACCUUUCAAAUGACAGAUUCUUUGCUGCCCACACUCUUUGGAAACAAUAACAUGAAAAUGGAUGUUGCCUGCAAGGUCAUGCUGGAAGGAAAAAACAUUGAGGAGGGGUUUGGGAUUGCAUUCAGAGUCCUUCAGGACUUCCAGCUGGAGGCUACAGAAUUGUACAGCAAAGUGGCCAAGCAGCUAGUGAAGCAGCAGAAGUACAGUGAGAUCCGGCAGCUCCUCAAAUGUGUCAGUGAGUCUGGAGUUGCAGCUAAGAACGAUGGAGAUAACAUCAUCAUAAACUGUCUAAAUGAGUUCAAGAACAUUCCUGCUGAGGAUCUUGAUAAUCUGAUUCAGGAUAUGGACAGUGAUGAAAACAAGAUCCAAGCCUACCUGAUGUGCAACAAAUUACGUUCUGCCUACCUAGUCUCAGUGAGACAGGAGAACACCAGAGCAGUGCAGCUAGUCCAGCAUGUGCGACAGCUGGCUGAGAACAGCGGAGAUGACAUUGUGCAGGCCAUCUGUGCCCAGUGGCUCUCUGUGCACCAGCCCAAAACAAGAAAUUGGCUUUCCCAGAGCAGUAGGAAGUAACUGGUGUUCACCAUCAUCCAGAAAGACAUGACUUGAAGACAGCCUAAAGGCGUGUGGUUCAGCGAUCGCUUGGCAAAAGGGAAGUCUCUUGACCAAUGUUGGUGGCAAAUGUAAGCUGCUAAUGUUCCUCUGGUUAAAAGGAAGGGAACUAACUUACAAGUGCCAGUCCUACAUUUUGACAAACAAUGGUCUUUACCUCAGGGUGUUUUUUGGCCUUUUUUUUUUUUUGUGGAGACUUUCAAACUGAACAAACAAGACUUUUUAGGUUUAUGGAAGAAGGCACUCAUAUAUUUUAGAAAGAUACUAAUCUUUUUGGCAUGAUUCUUAUUUUUAACCCAGCAAACCUACAUAGAGGACGGUAAAAUCUCAUCAGUUUGAUGUAGCCUAGAGUACAAACUUUUUUUUGUGGUUAUGAGUUUCUCUGUAAAAUUUCUGAAGAUUGGGGACAUCUUCUUUUACAGUAACUGAACUAAAAACAUGAUUAUUUUUAAGUCUCUAUACAAAUUAUUACUACUUUUUUUUUUCUUCCCAUUAGUGCAGUGUGCUCAAUUUCUUUAGUUGUUUUAAAAAGGUAGGAACUGGUUCUUCUGGGCAGGUUUCUACUUACCAGUUGCACUAUAUGACAUAUGCAUGACACUUGAACCCUUAAUGGAUGAAUGAAGUUAAAAGGGGGAUAUUCAGGAAAGGGGAGUACAAAGGGAAAAAUUCUUUUAAAAUGGUUAAAACUGGCCUACCUCUUUCUUCUCUAUGAUGAUAUCAAAUAAAUUGUUGUGAUCCAGGCUUGUCAUUGAACAGUUGCCAAUAAACUUCCACAAUUUUGCAUCAAAUAGAGCAGAAGACAUGGAAAGACAGAGCUGUGCUAAAAUUCAACAGGCAGUUUGUAUCCCUGUCAUAAAGAGAUUGAUGGUUUGGGGUUUUUUUCUUACCAGAAUAAUCUUUCCUUGUCAUGCACAAUAGAACAGCAGACUGAAUUUUUGUUAAUUGGACAUAAACUGUACAGAUCAAUAUAUUGCCUGACUUUGCUCUGGAGUGCAUUAGGACAGGUGAAAAAGAAGUAUUCUAUAGCUCAAGGAGUAAACAGUAGCUUUUGCACUGAAUUUUUGCAUGUGGGGGUGUGUGUGUGUGCUUACUGUGACUAGAGAUAGACCAGAAGUGUUAGGUUUAUUCAGUUUCAUGAAAAAAACAGGCAUCGGUGUUCAGGGAUGCUGAGAGAGGUGGCUAUUUCUCUGCAGCCAUGAUUACUGGGACAUGAGAAAUGGGCAGAAGAGGGGUAGAUAGUAGUAGGGUGUUUUUUUUUUUUUUUUUUAAGGGUGGGGGACAAUCCGUAAGUGUAUGUGUUUGCAGUUUACAUGUACUUUAGUACAAGAGGUGGGAAAACUAGUACAGUGUUUGUAAUUGUUAAACUGUGUACUUUCUACAAAAAAAAAGAAUAGGUUUCUGAAGUGUAAUAUAACUGUAAAUAGUUUAAUACAUUAAGAAAUUGAGACUGUCAAAUAAGGGUCUUGCACUAUCCCCACUUUCACUGUUGUGACGGAGCAGACUUCCAUGGAGGUAAAAAGGAUGUGGUUCAUCUCCUUUGAGUGUUUCACGAACAGUGUCGCACUGACAUGCACAUCUGUCUUUGAGGCGCUUCACUCACUAGCAUGGCGCUAGACAUGCCUCUGAGCUAAACAGUCAGAAAGGACCACAUUUAGCUUUCAGAAUUUGCCAACCCCAGAUUUGCACGAUCUCAUUAGUGAGCAGUACUAAUGAAAGCUCCUUUUGUUGUCUUGGCCAGACUGAUCUAGCUUUCCAUCAGAUUACAGUUGUUAGGCUAAUCCUAAAAUGUGACACUAUCCAUGUCUUCAGUCACUUUCAAAUCUCUAAUUAUGAGGGGAGUCAAGGGGGUUCUACUGUUUUAUGUAUCCAGAUAUGCACUGCUCUACCACCUACACUUCUGCUCUAGUCCCUCACAGCUGUAUAUAGCAGAGAGAGAGAGAGAAGCUUGCCAUGCAGACCAGUCAGUUCUUUGCCUGCCUUUCUCUUUGACCUUUUUGCACUGUACUUUAUGCACUUUAUACAGUGUUUGUUGCAAUUUGAUAGUUCAUAACCUGGACUUGUAGGGACCUUUCUCUUACCAGCAGACCUGGAAUUUUGAACCUGACUAACUGCCUUGUGUCAUGAUACUACAAUUAUCAAUGGGUUUAGAAAUGUUCAGCAUCAAAAAUGGAUUCAAUACUGCCAGUUAAAAAGAACUUCUAUAUUAAUGACCAAGGUUUGUUUACAAUGCAAAAAAAAUAAAGUACUAUCACUAAAGAUCUCUUAA